CGGCAUUCUAGGCAAACAAACAAAAUACCGAUAAUGCAUAAUUGUUUAAACAAGAGUACCCAUCACAAAACCAAAGGAUAGGCGUACUACGGUGCAAAGACAAUUAAAGAGAAGCUACGAACUCGAUGCGCAAGCAACUGAGCAUAUAAAGGCAUAAAUGGACUGAGUGUGCAGAGCAGUCAUAGUCUGACAGCAGUAGAGUAUAGUUGAAAAAUUUUAUAUACGAGAGUAAAAUAGAACAACACUAGUCUAAAAAUUAAUAAAUAAAUAAAAUUACAAUUUUAAAUGAUAGUAAAAAAAGAAAAAAAUAUAUAAAUGAUGAUACACGAAAAAGUUAUAGCUGAACAAUUUUCACUGGAUUUUAAUAAUGGCCAUAUACCAGAGCACAAAAACAUACUACAUCCGACGUCCUCGCAACAUGCCGCACACCUCUCACAUCGACCUUUCCACCCCCUCCAGCCCCAAGCGUACGGCGCGAGCCAUCUACUUCCUUAUCAUGCGCUACAACACCAAACGCAUGUUGCCCUCCCGUCAUCGUAUGUCAAGCAACUCGAUCUCUACUCUGCCCUCGCUUAUAAACAGCAUCAGCAACAACAAGCGCUGAUUGGUGGCUACUCACCAACCAAGCGCACGGGUCAACACCAAUCAACAAGCGAAGUUCUCGAUCUUUCACGCCGUGAUUCGGUCGAAACGGCACGCAAGACACCCUCACCACAGAACACGAACUCGAGCUUCGCCGACGAUUCAUGUGCAGGGUCACCAACACGUAGCCAGCAGAAACCGAUGAUUCCCUCUAAUUUGCUAUACAGUACUCAGCAGCAAUUCAAUCACCUUACGCCUCCGUUUGCUUCAUUCUAUCCAGCGCUUUACUCUUCAUUUGGCCAACCCGACAAAGAAGGCACAGUAACGACAUCACAAAUCCUGACACCGGUUACGCCAUCAAUCACCACUGCACCGUCAUUGCUUGCCGCGCAGACACCAAUCUCCAACAAUUGUCUUGCUGUUGCUUCUGCGGUUGCAGCGGCCGCAGCCGCUGUUGCUACACCCAGUAGUACUCUACAUAGCAUCAAAUCUGAAGAAGAGCACAUGACUGCAGUUUCACCAGUGUCCAGUCUUGAAGGACGCAGCAAAUCGCCUGUGACACAAAUAAAUUCUGCAUCUAGUAGCAGCAGUGCUGCCUUGAAUUCGCUUAAGUCAACGCGCCCCUUUAAAGCUUUUCCACGUGAUCCGCUCGUCAUAGCCGCCAACUUUGCCGCCAAUGAUGUGCUGUUGGACAAUCCACGCGUCGAACGCUACACUGAGUACCGCAAGCGCGUAUUGGAGCAAAUACGCAAUAGCAAUGGCGGUUCGCGCACAGUCACCAACCCCAAGAUGCGUCGCAUGAAUUCACGUCGCACCAGUAACACCAGCAGCAAUGCGCCUGAGUGUGGCAGCAGUGAGGGCGAGGAGCGUCAUGGUGGUGGCGUUGACGAGUCGAGCGAUUGUGACUCCUCCUAUGCUGGUGGCCAGGCAGAAAAAGUUAGCUCGUCAGCAAACGCUAUUAACGAAAGUAACAACAAUAAUCAGACAUGUGAAAAGAAAUGCGGCACCAACAACAACAAUAGCAGUUCAACCAGUGGGCAGAUCAAAGAUGCCAACUAUUAUGAGCGUCGCCGCAAGAAUAAUGCGGCCGCCAAGAAGUCACGCGAUCGGCGCCGUAUUAAGGAGGAUGAAAUCGCCAUACGCGCCGCCUACUUAGAACGCCAAAACAUUGAACUGCUCUGCCAAAUUGACGCGCUUAAAGCGCAGUUGGCUGCCUUCACAUCCAAGAUGGUAAACGUGUAAAUUUGUGAGGAGUAAUUGAAAAUAGGGGUAGAGACAAAGACAAGCACAAAUGGUGUUGUUGUUGUAGCAGUAUACUUAUCCCUGCCAGCUCAUCUAACGGUAGGCCCAGGAAACCUGCUGUUUUCAGAGGUUGGGUCCAGAGCCAAAGAGGUGUUAGAUGAGUGGUUUUGAUGGGGCAUAUUAAAAGGUGGUUAGUGUCGUGCGGAGCGCCUUCAUAUGCUGGGCAUAUGUUUAGUAUGUCGGGGUCAAUUGAGGAUAAGUAGGAAUUUAAACUGCUCCAGAGUCAAGAACGUAGCACAAAUGGCGUCAAAAGCGGCCGUGCACGAAAGCCAGUUACAGUUUUGUAAACUAGUAAUCUAAAGAAUUUGCACUAUUUUUAAAAGUCUGAAUAGUUUAAUUUGUAAAUAUUUAUUGUUAUAAUUUCGAGAUAUUCGAAUUUUAAAGCGAAGUAGAUGUUUAAAUACGGUUUAUAGUCAAAAAUGAAGAAAUGUAAAUAUGUAGUUGUACUCGUCCAAAAAAUUAGUCCUCAUCAAGCAUCAUUCUUGACUUUUCGUUCGGCACUCAAACAUUUUUUUAAUAAGUAUGUAUUUAAGUUAUUGCCAAUAUUUACAGAGCUCUUUUAGAAAAUAUAGUUCACAUAGUUGUCGUGUAAAGCGAACGAGGAAUGAAACCACUAAGUGUAUUUAAAAUUAGUUAGCAUAAUUGUAAAUGUGUUUUUUGUUAAGAAAUGGUGAAAAAAUCAAUUCAGUCGCAUUUUUUUGUUUACAAAGACUUCGAAUCACAUUCUUUGAAAUCAUGUAUUUGUGCUGGAUAAUUUUUGCUGGCUAAAAAUUUCUCCACCACAAAAUAAACGUCUCGAACUGUAACUUUGCUCUCUCAGUUUUUGAGUGAUGAAUGAUUGAAUGGCGAUAUUGAACGCCUACGUACAAACAUUCGGAAUAUUGUAAAAUAGCUCUAAGGAAUCCUUCAUACAUGUAUGUAUAUAUAAUAUAUAACUAAAAAAAACCAUCCAGUACAUAAAUAAGCAAAAAUUAGGAUGUUAGUUAAAUUAUCAAAUAUUGAAAUAUUUUUGAAUAUAAAACAAGUAGUUGGUAACAAAAGCAAAUACGUAAAACAAGAAAUAAAUUAACAAAAAUAACACUG